ACGACGAUGGAGUCGUCGGGCUCACAGGACAAGAAAUAUGUCCCCAAAUUCUCCAGUUUCAAGCCCCCACCGGCUCCUUCGGAAUCUGAGCGCCCAUCUCGAACGGAACGCCGUCAUGAGCACCGAAGUCGCUCUCCUCGGCGAUCCACAGACAGAGCUCGACACCGUUCGCCUGGUCAUCGCCUCCAAGAACCCACGCGCCACAAUCACGUUGAUUACUCCUCUCGAGAUCGUCGAACUUCCCGAGAACAUGAGAUAAAUCGCGAUCGCAGGUCACGCGGCGACACUGGUGUUGAUGAGAAUCAACGACACCCAUCAACUGCCGGAGAUUUGGCCUACGACCGUUCUCAUUUGAAGAAUGAUGAACUUUUCGUUGUCGACAGAGAGGGCGACCGCUCCGUCUUCAAAUACGGAACUGCGCAUCGUUAUGAUAUUCCCUUGUACAGGCGAAUUGGCUCAGGACAGGUGCUGGGGCUGCCCUCUAAUUUGGUCAUCGAUCGAGAAGAGCCGGAAAGGGACAUCAUCAUCAUACGCGACAAGCACACCAUGUCUGGAAAGCGCAAGUUUUCUGGACCGCUCUCAGGGCCUGUAAAGAAGACCACACAGGUCUUCCGCCUUCAAAAGGAUGCCAGAGCUCUCUCCGUUGAGGAAUUGGAUGAUGAUACUAUUUCCCUCGAUCUUCCUACUGAGAGGCAGUCUGGUGAUUAUGCUGAUUCGGACGAUUUUGAUGAUGACCGUCGUGCCUACCGCUCGAUUCAUGGCAAAGCAAAGAUCGAAGAUGUGCUUCCGCAGGGAAUGGAACUAAUCAGUGACAAAGAAAGCCAGUUUGAUGAUCGUCAAGUCAGAAUUGAUGAGGAACGCCGAGCACACAAUGCAGAUCUAUGGCGCACCUUAGCUUCCAACCCGGAAGACGUCGCAGCGUGGCUUGAGCUCAUUGACCAUCAGAAUGCUCUAAUUCUUGGUCCUGAAGAUGAUCGCCCCUUGACAUCCGCAGAACGUAAGAGCGUGGCCGAUACCAAACUCUCCCUAUACGAAAAGGCCCUGGCCAAAUGUAACGGCACUGUUCAGAGAGACCUAUUAUUGCUCGGUCGUCUCCAAGAAGGUGGCCAGCUCUGGGACAGGGAAACGCUUUGGGACGAGUGGCGCAAGACCCUGGACACGAAUCCCGAGUCCACAGGUCUUCAGUUGAAGUACAUGGAUCUUCAACAAACAGAAUUUCAAGACUUUGCCCUUGACAAGUGCAAAUCCCUGUUGAUCGAUUGCAUGAAACGGAUUGACGCCGGGCCGAAUGCUUCGCGCCAUGCUCAGGUUCAAAGCUACCUGCUUUUGCGCCUGACCCUUCUACUUCGCGAAGCGGGCUACACUGAACUUGCAGUUGGUUUCUGGCAGGCUGCACUUGAAUUCGCUUGCUUCCGGCCUGACGCUCACCUCGGGGGGCAGCGAGAUACGACUAUUCUACAAUUUGGCGAAUUUUGGGAUUCUGAAGUCGCGCGUUUGGGCGAGCUUGGCGGACAAGGCUGGCGAAGUGACAAUAACCCCAUGCUCAAUCCCGUCACUCGUGAGCUUGGUGCCCAUAUCGAUAUUUCAUCUCUUUUCCCAUCUUGGGCAAGCUCUGAAAGACAUCGCAUCCAAAAUCUUAAGAUGCCUGCCCGAAGUUUGGAUAACUACGGAGCCGACGUGGACACUGCGUACUCAGUUGUUCUCGCAUCUGAUGUUCGUGAAAUUUUGCCUCCGUUUUGGCACACGGCUGUGUCCAGAGAUCUGGUCAAUGCCUUCUUGUACUUCUGCCACUUGCCACCUCUGACUAGGCCUUCGAAUGCCGCGACCACUCGAUCUUGGAGCGGCGACAACUUCUUGAGGAAUGAAACCAUGGGCACCGCACAAACCCAGCUCUCCGACUGGCUCCCGUCUGAGACUGACGGCUUACAAACUUCUAUUUCGCCAUCCUCAUUCCCAGUCACCGACUUUUUACACACUACGAACACACUGUUUGCUCCCGAAAACUGGUUUUACUCUCUGCAAUCAUGGCGGAGCGCCGUACUUGGAAAGUCACACCCUCUCGAUACCGAAUGGGUGCGGCGGACCUUGCAAUGUUUGGCGGGACAUUUUCACCAAGAUGAUGAGUUCGCCGAGUAUGCCCUGGCUGUGGAAUUCGCUUGCGACCGCAAAGCAGCAGCGGAAUUCGCAAAGCGCUUGCUGCAAACCCGUCGUUCCAGUAUCAAGCUUUACAAUACUUUUGCUUUGAUGCGGUACCGGUCGGGCGCACACAAAGCAGCUUUUCAAGCAUGGUCCGCGACUAUCAACCAUGCGAGCUUUUCGAAACUGGAAUGUGGCCUUCUCUGGAGCACAUGGGCCUGGGAAAUGCUCGAGCAGGGCGACUUUGCAAAAUGCUCAUUUCUACUGUAUUCCAUCCCACAGGGAGAGGUUGACUUGACAGCAUUCCAUGCUGUGACCGAUUCCAAGGAGUACUCCCCUCUUGAAGAGCUCAAACUCAAAAGAUACUUGCAACAAGCUGCUCAGCAAGCACUUGCUAACGGGCAGCUACAUCUCUACAUGGCUUACACUGACUGCAUUGCCCUUGCCCGGUAUAUCUCUGACAAGUCACUACUAGAUGGGCCCCUUGAUACUUACGUUUCCGCAAUUUUGAACUUGGGAAACCUACCACCUGAGCAACACAAGUUCAAGGCCUUCGCCACCGAACUCCUUCAUCAGGCUCGGGGCAGGGUCAUUUACUUCCACGUCAGUCAGAAGAGGCAAUUCAAGCCUCGUCAGCUGGAGAUACUGUUGCGGGAGAGCGUAUCACUGUUCCCCCACAACACCAUGUUUUUAGCUCUCUUCAUGUGGAAUGACUCACGCUUUUCGAUGCUUGACCGAAUUCGCGAUCCAAUGACUCUUGUCAAAACCAAGCUCAGGAGCCCGUACGAGGUAAAUGCCCAACCCAGUGUGUCGCCGAUCAUCCCGCAGAAGACACCGGUGACCAUUCAUUUGUUCUCCAUUCACAUGGCACUGCGUCGUCCCACUUGGGCGGGUGGGAAUGUGCACUAUGUGCGGGCAGCAUUCGAAAAAGCCCUUGGUGAGCAAUGGGACUCGUUACGUCAUGGUCAUGGAAAGAACGAGGUCCAAACAAGCUCUGGCGAUGACAGUGCACGUUCAAACAUCACUAUCUGGAAGUUGUACGUCCUGUUUGAGCUCGAUCGGGCUCAAGACAUCAAAGCCGCAAAGGCCGUCUUCUACCGCGCGAUUCGCGCCUGCCCCUGGUCCAAGGAGUUGGUGAUGCUCGCCUUUGAGCGUCUCGGUAGUGAAGAGAAUGGGAUGAGCUUCGACGAGCUUCGCGGGAUGUACAACAUCCUUAAUGAAAAGGAACUUCGGCUCCAUGUGAGCAUCGCCAAUGAGCUGAAAGAAGUGACCGUCAAGAAUGCGGAGGCCGAGGUUGAGGCUGAGGCCUGGCUGAAGGCAUUGGGACGGGAGAUGGAGGGCGUGGAGAUGGAAUGAGGGAGCUCUAGCAAUGAACUAACUCUCGGGGUUCAUCGGAUGGCGUCUCACGUCAGUCCAGCUAUGAUAAUAGUUCCACUUAAUUGAUCGUAUUUAUUUCAAAACUGUGCAGUAGUCAUCAACUAUAGUACAGGGGCAUCAGGCCGGUCUCACGUAUAUGUACUCAAUAUAGACGUAGAGGCUCAACUGAACGAGAACAAAAAUGGACAGCAACAGAGAGAUUCGUCACUCAUAAUGCCAUAUGCGAUGGGGCAGUGCAGCAUCGCCAACGGGAAAAUAAUACUGUGUAAGAGCAUGAAAAACUAGAAAUGUUCCUUCCAGAACUUGAAACGAACUGCCUUGGUCGAUGCGUACUUGGCUGCAUCACUGAUCUGUCGGGCUGCUGUGUUCGGUCCACAGAAAUACACACCAACCUCGGUAGCGGAAACCGUUUGAAGACCUUGGAUAUAAGUCUGAUUCAGCAAGCCGAGACGCAUCGCAGUGAACAGGCGCUUGAAGUCCGGUCGGCCAAAGUUCGUCUGAGACUUCAACUCAGUGAGGGGGUCAAGAGCCUGACCAACGGAGUUGAGGUAGAUAUUCGCAGCCGUGUCAUCGUCCAGUCGCUGUGUGAGAUAGGUGUGGAUGCGCAGGAAUUCAGUGCUACCCUCAUAGGCAGCCGCAUUGGCGGAUUGUGCUUCCAGCGAAGACAGGAGAGCUUGGAACCAUUCAAAGGACGAAGUAUCCUUGCAGAUCCAGAUAAACUCCACACGCCUGAGACGACGAGGAGGGUUUGGACUGGAACGGAGAUGCCAGAUAUUCUUCAAGAUCGAAGCCCACGGCGUGACACCAAUACCAGUUCCGAUGAGUACGGCGAUUUCAUUCUCGAAGACAUCCUCCGCCGGGGCACCGUAGGGCCCGUCAAUGCGUAGUUUUGGCAUCAUCUGUCCGUUCUGCAAGGCAACUUCGUACAUGCCAAGGGGGUCCAGACCUUCGAGGUCCUUUGCCUGUGCGGGGCCGCAACCAAGGGCGUCUCCGAGGGCGCGAGUAAAAUCGCCCACUUGACGGACAUGAACACUGAUGUACGGAUCGAAUGGACAGGAUGUGAUGGUGAAAGGGUGCCACUGAUUGCUGGAUACGUCGGGUACCUGGAGAAAAAGCCACUGGCCGGCUUUGUACUUCAUGCUAGGCUUGCGGAAUUGGAUCUCCAUGGCAUCUAACCCACAUUGUCAGCAUGGCCUAUCCUCAACAUAGCUCGGAAAUUUGGCAACGUACCAUAGGGAUGACGGAUGACUUUGGUGAUCUCGGUCUCUCGACGAGAUCGAAUCUCGCGAUACAGCCGCUCGGAGAGAUAGAAGGCGGCUGCAACAAGCUCCCAUCGCCAUCCUUCGUAGCCGAGACAGUGGCCCCAGAAAGGGCUUCCUGCGAAAGGGGAGAUCGGGUCGGUUGUGUCUCGGACAAAGCAUCCCGUAGCAUGGGUAUAAAGAGCCAACAAGAACGGCACGAACAGGUGGUGGGUGUACCAGAAGGUCUCAUACGCCUGCUGUCGAAUGCGGUGAUGGGCCGUCGUAUACAUCAACAUCAUGCAUAACAGCAUCACGUGUCCCGUGACUCCGCCAGCCUGCGUAUAGUGGAUUUGUACAGCUAGUUCAGGGCGGAUCUGGUUCUUCUCGACAUUGUAGAAGCUGUGAUACGAUUAGCACGGUCGUUCGACUGGUUCGAGUAGACCGUCCUCGAGACUUACUUGACGUAAUGUGCGCUCGUGUGCACGGCAGAAAAUACCACGAGAGCAUAAGCUAUCUGGCGAUGGAACCAUGCAGAUUCAUCCAGUGGUAGCCACCUGAUCUGAGGUCGAAGCCAGCGCAGAACAUUUCGGCACAUGGGAAGAAGGAUCAAAGUUGCGUCCACAGACAGGACGAGACCAGCACCUCUGGAUAUCCAGACCGAAUACUGAAGCACAUUCAACCCGGCCAAUUUGCUGUUCGUUGCUUGAAUGUACCUAUGUGACUGUUAGCAGCCGUCACAGGAUUCAUCCGAGGGGGUUCUCUCAUACCAUCCAAGCGCGAAAAGGCCGAGAUGGGUCGCCCAAAACGAGGCAUAAAAUAGCAAUUUGGUUGGAGUCAGAUCGACCCGUUUGAGCCAGGAUUCAUUAGUUGCGACCAUAUUGUCGUCUUGAGAAGUUAAUGAAGUCGACCAGCGACAAUCUUUGCGGCGGGAGGGUUGGUUAAAGGAACGACGAUCAGAGGUUGGCCAGCAACCCGAACUUUUGAGGAGGGGACCGAGAUCCGUGAGGGAUCACAGGUCUAGUCGUGAGAAAGGCUCCGGGACUCGAGUAUCAGUUGAGUCGUUUGAGAUGGGAGGAAUGAAUAGGUCGUCGGCGCCUUUUCCUCUCCAUGAACUUGGAUUCUCAACCACAGCCUACCCCGCCGACCGGGGGAUUUAAAGCGGACCUAGGAGGUUGCAACCCCAGUGCGAUGAACCGUCACAGACUUGAUGCAGACUCUUAGUGGGCAAUAGAUACAAUGCGAUCGUUCAACAAUCCCCACCGUCCGAGGUCUGACGGGGGUAAAGGACUGGUGUCGGUGUACCAACUCAAGAUGUAGCUAUUGUCAGGAAGCAAGAUGAAGCUAAACGCUCACAUGAAGAGCUGGAACACUAAGAAUGCUUCGAUCACGAUCAGUAUGCAGUGCGAUGGCUAAAGACAAGACCGAAGGUUGGAGGGAGGUUCAAAGAUUCCCAGCGUUGUGGUUUUAGCUGCAGGGGUGUGAAGGAGGGGGCCGAUCUAUAAUUACAUCGCUUCUCGCAGCCACAACACGGAACUCGACCAGGGUGGCCCAAUCGACUCAACCCUCCGUCCGUGCUUGUCGGGUCCUCUGGUCCUCUGGUUCCCUCUACGAGCGCAAUGAUCGCUUCUCGGGUGUGAUAGGUGAUAGGUUUUCGUUGGUUGUGCUAGCAAAAACCCCAUCUACACCGUCCGGGGACUCCUUCUUU